UGUACACCUAGUACGAGUGGUAACGAGGUGUUCUCGGUUUCUUUUUGAAUUCGGUUUAUAUCGUUAUCCUUCUCCAUCUCGUACGAAAGUUGUCACUGCUGUGUAUGUGUUCGUUACAGAUCGAUUUUGAUUUGAUUUGAUUGCCGAGGGACGUUGUCAGGAGAGCUUUGGACAAGUUCGAUGGUCGGUGUCAUUGAUUUCUACAAUCAUACCUACUCCCUGAGUUGUUGAAUCGUUGUCGUCCCCACACCACCCACAGGCUAGCCCUUUUUGAAAGCCACCAGCGUAUUUCAAAUCCGCUUUUUGCCCUUCUUUAAGGACACAUGAUUCUGUCGUAUGUUAUCUUAGAGGUCGCUGCUAAGUAUGACUACGCACGACCGUCGCUUUUUCGAAUUGUAACUCGAGCCUAAUAUCUUGCUGUAUCUCAUUGUUACAAGGCAGUUUUAGAGUCAGAUUUAGAUACGUGACGUUGUCACUCAGUAAUUCGUCAGCUGUUAGCUACUAGGCUCCUCUACUUGAACUAGCACUCCUGUAGAGUCGCUUUAGUAAUCUUAUUUGUGUGCAGAUAUGAUCCUGAAAAUUUUGCAGGAAAACCAAGUGAAUAGAAAAACGUCUUGGUGGAAAAAUUAGGAACAUGAAAUGACACGAAAGAUAAUCAUUUUAAUCUAUCAUGACGAAAUGAAUACUUAGAUGCCACUAAAGAUUAGUAAACGCACGACCAUCCUCCAAGUAUCUGAGGAUAAGUAAUUGCUUUCACUGGCUAAAUUUCCUUCGAAUUCAGAAAUACCGAGAGGUAAGUACUACUAGAGCGGGGUUAUGUUGUAAGGUUGUACUAAUGUAAAUGUACAAUUAGAAUUAUGUACUAUCGCUUGGUGGAUGGAUAAAAAUAGGACUACUAGGAGGAAAUUGUUCAUGACGAGCUUGAAUUUGAUGUAAAAGGGGAUACAGCAGGAUGUUGAGUGCCGCACUAUCCGUGGUGAAGGGUGGGGCGCACUUGGUGUUGCGCGCUGCCGCUGCCGUAGAGAACUCGACGACCGCUGAAGCACAUGCUUCUGACAGCACGGGUGAUCCAGCAGGAGAACGGAACUCGGGAGAUGUUGCUGUCACAGAAGGUGAACGAGGGCUCGCUAGUUCUCUAGAAGAUGAAGAGCAAGCAGGACAAGAAGAUUCCCAGUAUGUCAGUCGCGACGCUUUUCUCGCAAAGAGCCGCUCUACUGUAGAGCGUGGACGACGGCAACCUAUUCAGGCGCGGUCAGGAGCGUCCGUCGUUUUUGAUCAGGCGUCUUCUUCAGAAGAGAUGGAGCAUUCUAGAAGCAGUGGGCUGGGAGAAAAUUAUAGUAGGAGGAGAAGCAGCUGUAGCUCAGUGGCGUCCACUACAUCGACUUCAGAUCCUCCGUUUUCGCCUUCAUCUACGACAACAGGAGGAUCAAGCUCUAGUACUCUCGAAGACGAACUGCUGUGUCGCGAAGCAGUUGAAGUCAUGGCUUUCGGCUGCAGUAACGACGCUAGGAAUACGAGUACAAAUAGUCGUCCGUCCUCAGCAUCUCAAGAAUUCAUCUAUAAAACAUUAAGUAAAAAAAGUAGUAGUAGUCAACAGGAAUCUCAAUGGCGAUCCUCUACCUCUUCGUCAUCGACCGCCUACUCGUCUCCGUCGACUUCCACUUCCUCCUCCGAUUGUGCCAUAUGCCUCCGGGAAUUCGGCGAGGGAGAGGCACUGACCCGGACGCAAUGUGGUCACGUUUAUCACGCGCUCUGCCUCUUUGAGGCGUGGCAGCGACGUCCUAAUUGUCCGCUCUGCCGUGACCUCAUCGACAAGACACCUUUGCAGGCCUCUACUUCGUCUGGCGCAAAUAGUACAACUUCAGCGUCUUCGCAGCUACAACCUGGUGGAGCCCAGCCGGGACCAGGAGCACUGCGGAGGACGGCUAGAGAUGGCGCAGACACAUUGGACCCGAGAGUAGUGUUCGGUGCUAAUCCUAUGGAGUAUUUCGCUAGCUCUGACUCUGACGCACUACGUCGGGUCUCGCAAGCCAUCACACGACUCAGUCUCGUCAAUAGCUCUGUUGCACAGACAGAGUACUUCCUUUUUUUUUCUGGCAAUAUGUUACCUUCUACUCGAAGACGAGGAUUCUUCUAGAAAUUUUCUACGAGAUUCACUGACAUUUUUUGAUGCUUAAAGCUAGCACUACUAAGUAAAACAACCGGUUAGUACAGUUUUCACCUCUAUACUCUAGGUCUAUCCCACCUUCAUGCAAUACUUCCACAGGACUGCCUCUUCUUCUUCCAGUAGUGCGACUGGUGAGGACCGCGGAGACACUGGUGGGAACGGGACGCCCUCCGGUGGAUCUGAGCCUUCACAGGUUGUGCACCAGCCUGAGCAAGGGACCACUUCAUCGACCACGAGUGUUGGGGAUAUUUUGAAUGCGGUUCCAAUCGAUCCCAACGUUUUGGCGAGGAUGCGCCGCGAGAACCGCAGAUUGCACAGUCAACCGGCUUUUUCGAGUAUGAUGCGGCAGCGGAACGCCAGCAAUGCGCACAAUCCGCACACUGGCUGCAUCUAUGCCGAUCUUUACUUAGCAGAGAUGGGAAUCUGGUCCAACUUACCGGAAUCAUCGCAGGGAGGUGCCAGUAGUGCAGCAGGCCCAUCGCGUUCACCGGCUGCAGGGACUGGUAGUAGUGCCAGUAAUAGCAGCACCAGCGUUCUAGUAGGUAGUGCUCCUGUACGUAAUGCUGGCACAACCAGUUCCAGUAGCCAACAUGUAGGCAAUUACAACAGUGCAGCAAGUGUAGAAGUAGAUAGCACCAGCACCGCAACGACGACAAGUAGUGCGACAUCGGCAUCACCAGUGCCGGUGGGCUCUCCAGUUCGAAAUCGAGAAGGAAGAAGUACAUCCAGUAGUAACAAUAGUAGCAACUUCACCUCUCUUGCAUCCCCUGUGAAUGACGGAAGCGGAACCACAGCCAACACCACGACAACUGACGCACUUCAACAAGCUCCUGCAGGCACGAAUGCAAUAGAGACUGACGCAGUCGCUGAUAAUGGUUUGACACCGCCACCAUCUUCUACAACAAGUACUACAUCUUCUUCGGUUCCUCCAUCAUCAACAGCCACUACUAGAGCGGACACCAGCCCCAACACUAACACAGCGUCAUCAACAGUGCAGUUGACCGCGCAUCAGCAGAGCCUCUUGCGGUCGGUGUGUCUUUACCAACUGAUCGACGAACUCUUUCAAUACGCAUCGGUCGGCCACUUCGAGGCAGUGAGCAUGAUUUUAGCGUCACGGCUUGUGGACGUUAAGACCGCUCGCGACGUUUGCGGUAACACAGUGUUGCACUUUGCGCGGUCCCUCGAAAUCGUCAAGCUCUGCGUCGAAGAGUGGAACGCAGACGUAUUUCUUUACUCCGCUUAGUAUUGCGCAGCUUUCAAUUGAUUCUGUGUAUCUUGCGUGUUAGACUCCGGGAAUAUCCCGAUAUCUUGCGUGUUAGACUCUGGGAAGAUCCCGAUUGUCAGUUUCGGAAUACUGAUCUGGGCAACAUUCGACUCCACUCAGGAGAGGCAGGCCCCGAUUGCCGUUGUGGAUUAGAUUCAGAGUAGAUACAUUAGGUUUAGAUUUGAUGGGUAUCCUCAAAUUCAAACGAAUUUAUAUAGUACUAAAGGAUAAUCAACUAAAAACAGGUAAACGCCACUAACGAUGCAUUGUGGACGCCAUUGCAUUGGGCUAGCGAGUGCGAGAACCCCGCUUUGGUGUACACCCUAUUUUAAGGCCAUCAGAUAUAUCAUUAAAUAAACAGUUUAUCAGGUAUCUCACAUCAGAUUCACACGUGACAAUUUGUACUAAGUUGUAAAAAUAUCCUUUUACUACAAUCGACUACCACUAUCGCUACAACUAAGAUUUUUACUCUUCAGAGAGAGACGCGUCCGCUGUUCAUACCCCGCCCUUUCGACUUCAAUCUUCUCUUCAGGGACUAAUAUCAGGUAGCCGUAGUUGGCUUAUAUCAGGUAACGUCAAAACAUAUAUUCUUCAUCCCUUACCGUCCCUUACCGUUCAGGCUUACUUAAUAUAGUUUUCAUUGCAUAGAAAGAAGCUACUAGUAUUGCUCUAACGGUUGCAGUAUGGCGCGGAUCCGGAUUACUACACAAACUGUGGCCGAACGGCGCGAGAGCUGGCGACCUCGGAAGCCGUCCUAAGCAUUUUGGACCGUCAUGAGGCUGAGCUGAGAGGAGAUGCCUGCUGA